AUAAGAACAAACCCUUCCUCACAAGUUAUCUUCUUUCUCACCCUUAUUAAUUCUUCACUUUUUAGUUGUAUAUCUAAACAAUAACAGAUCAAAUGGGAAGAAGAUAUGGAGAUGAUGAAGAUGAACAUGAUCAUAAUUCAUCAAUAUCAUCUUCUUCUUCAACGGAGAGUAAUACUAAUAAUUAUUAUUAUUCUAAUUUUGAUCACUCUAAUAAUCUUUAUAGAAAGACUACAGAUUUCAGCACUCAUCUUAGCCUUGGUCUUACACUUUCCUCUUCAAGGGAACAAUAUAGCGACUGGCCACCAGUAAAGGCGUUGUUGAGGAGCACGCUUGGAAAAUCAAAUAGGCGACAAAAUACUUUAUUUGUCAAAGUAUAUAUGGAAGGCAUUCCAAUUGGUAGAAAACUUGAUUUGCUUGCUCAUCAUGAUUAUCUUAGCUUGAUUACUACUCUCGUUCAAAUGUUUAGGACCAACAUCCUUUCACCCAUCAGUAGUGGCCAGAAUUUACCGGAUAAGUGUCACAUUCUUACUUACGAGGACAAGGAAGGAGAUUGGAUGAUGGUUGGGGACGUUCCUUGGGAAAUGUUUUUAACAACGGUAAAAAGGUUGAAGAUAACUGCGUUUGAGAAAUGUUAACAGCCUAAUACCGAGUAUUGCCGUAUUGAGAUCAAGCAUGGAAAUUGGGCCAAAUUUGCUAUCAACAAUUUUGACUAACGUUUAAUGCAAAAAGUCCGUCACAAUAUUUUCAGACAUUGCUGAUGGUUUACAUUCUUUACCUAACUUCAUACUUCUACUUGCUAUAAUCAUUAUAGAAUGUGAAAAUAAUGGAGUACUUUUAUCUUAUUAUAUCUACAAUUGUAUAGGAGUAUUUUUGUACGUUUAGUCUAUGAGAAUAUCCGCUUAGCCUAUGGGUUGAGUAGUGUUUUUCAUUUCAACGUUGUGGUGGGGCCAACGUAUAUAUCAAAUUGGAAUGGAAAUCUAUUACAUAUGACACAACUCUUUAAGGAAAAUGCUAUAAGACAAUCUAACUUGCUCAAGUGCUUUCGUUGUAACACCCUUGAAUUUUCAACUCUUUAAACGAAAUAAAAAUUGUGAAGAACGAGAGGAAAUUCGGGUGUUAUAUAAAAAGGAAAAAAAUUUAAAUAAACGUUAAAGAUUAAUUUUAAAAGGAAAGGUGAGUAGAAAUUUCGGCAGCACCUCCACUAAAAUUGAGGGUGUGAUCCGAGGUAAGUAAAUAAGAUAACGCAACUAAGACAAUCCAAGGUCUCAGUGCCUUCCAAAAUAUGUCGCGACGGAAUGAAUCAUCGUCGACUCCUCAAGUCAUCAACUCCAACACGGAUCGUGGUUCCAGUGUUAACGCAUCAGCUUUAACAGAUACAAAAGAACUAUUUUUUACGACCAUACAUCUAGAAACUACGCAGCGGAACUAUAAUUUUACAAGGAAUCACGUGGCUUCAAAAAAAAGGGAU